CCCCGAUCCACGGUCUCCAGUGACUCUUGCUGGGACCGGAGGAGCUGGGAGUUGUCCCCACAAUCAGGGGCCCUGCCUUGUUCCCUACAGCGCCUCCUAUUGGGAAUGGCCAGGAGCAGAAGCGGAGGGGCUCCCUCGAUAGCACGACCCAAGCCCUACAGGGUGGAGCGCCUUGUAUGCGGGGUUAUACGAAGCAAGGGUCGGGGAGGGUUGGUGAUUUUGGACAUCGAUUAACGAAUGUGUUUCAGUUCUUUCCUGGACCGCAUUAGGCUUCUUUGGUGUAUGUCGGGCUGGGGCGAAGAGGGAUUUCUGGGCCCAGGAGCCAGCCUGAAAAGGCACCAGCUGAAGAGACAUGUAGAACGAGACAAAAGGAGGGAAACAUUGAGCGAGAGUGAGACCGAAUUCAGCCUCUUCCUAUAUGCCAAGCACCAUCUUCCUCCCCAGCCGUCCUCUAGCCCGCAGCUGGGUCAGGAAUUGAAAGAAAAGAAGGAAAAACUGGAGGAGAAGACUGUCUGCAAAGAAAAAAAGAAGGAGAUAAUAGAGGAUGAGGAAAAUGGUGCGGAGGAGGAGGAGGAGAAUCCUGAGGACGUGGAUGAAGAAGAGGCAGGAGAAGAGGAUGAAGAUGGAGAUGAGAAUGGGCAGGAGCAGGACGGACAUGCAGCAAAACGAUCUGCAGAGGAAGAAGAGGAGGAUGAAGUUGAUCCAAAGAGACAGAAGACAGAAAAUGGGUCUUCGGCUUGAGUUCUCUCUUCCCAUCCUUUUCUGCUCCAUCUGUCUCUCCUCCCUCCAUUCCAGCCUGUGCUUGCACUGUCAUUUAGCCUCUGGCUUCACACAAUCUCAGAUGAGGAAGGAUUAGAAAUGCUCUCCGACAGAAGAGGGCAUGGGACUAAGUUUCCCUUCCACCCCAAGUUCUAAAGCCUUCCUACGAUGCUCUGAAAUCUGAGGUUGCCCACUCCCUCAGCCCGUCUCCACUACUGAUGACUAUUCCUGUAUCCCACUCCCAAAUAAUGCCAAUAGUCCUCAAAAUGAUGACCUGUCCUUCUCCCAACAAGCAAGGUGACAUAUCCCAACUUCCAGACUCAUCCCACAACAAGCACCUCUAAUCCCUUUUCACUUGCCACCUCUCUCCACUAAUUUGAUCAAGAUUCUCACCUGCCUCUGCUUCUGAGAUCUUCCCUCCAACAUCCUCCUUGGGAUACAGAAGGUUGAGGGCAGGGAUCUCAUGGUGAUAUUUCCCUAUCCUAAGUCUCCGCUUAACUGCCUUCUAUCUGAUCCCUCUGAGAGAGAGAGAGAAAGAAAAGGAAUGUUACAUGCAAAUAACUUUUUUUUAUUAAAGCAUACACAGAGGCUGAAAUGUAGGUACACAACAGGUAAACUGGCCCCAUGACUUUUUUUCCAGAAGAUAAAGGUUGUUUUUAUGUAUAAAUUAAUUUGUGUUGCAGUUUCUCAUUUUGGGGCUUUUUUUAAAAAAAAAAAGAAAAAAAAGAAAAAAGAGAGAGAAAUAAUUAGGGACCAAAUUUUGAUUAGCAUCCCCCUUCCAGAUUACCUUGUUGCUGUUUUUUGUAAAUUAAAGCCGAUCCAGUUAUGGCAUUUUCUAUGGCACAAACCAUCACAAGGGUGAUAGAUAUAAAUAUAUAUAUUGUUUUCAAGUAGCACUGUAAAUAAACGCAUUUAAAAAGA